AUGUCCCUGUCCAAUCCCUUAUCCCAUGGGUUGUUGAAAGAUCUUGGCAAACUUGCAGAGUUGAAAGGACGGCGUCUGAUCCUUGACCGUCACUUCGAGACGAUAAAACCACAUCGCGUNUCCCUGCCGCACAGGGGGAUCAUGUCCCUGUCCAAUCCCUUAUCCCAUGGGUUGUUGAAAGAUCUUGGCAAACUUGCAGAGUUGAAAGGACGGCGUCUGAUCCUUGACCGUCACUUCGAGACGAUAAAACCACAUGUGAACGCGGGAAACUCCGUUGCGAAGGAGCGGUGGGACGCCAUCGAGAGCGCGUGGGGGUUGAAGCAGAACGGUAUCUUCGACGAAGGAGAGUGGAUCGCGCAGAUUGAUGGUGGAAUCCAGGGCAUUACCAGCAGCACCCGCCUGUCCUUGUCAUCCCAACAAGAUGCCAGCACCGCACGAGGUGCUGCUGCACCUUCUCAGCACCCACCUGUUGCUGCAGCGGGUACCACGAGGAGGAAGGUGGAUCGAGGGAAGCACGCCAGGGAGAGAGCUGCGAAAGGCACUUGAGGCGGCAACAUCUGCAACGCGUUCUCG